AAAACAAAGAGGCUCUCGAAAAAGUUGUGGAUGAAGUAAGGACCUUAAAAGCUGAACAAAAAGUCAUGGAAAAAAAAUAGAGAUCUUCGUAGAAGCUUCUUCGAAGCAAACAGCCUCCAUUAAAGGGAUGACCAAGGACCAUGGACAGAGGCAGAAGUUGGCAUGUCAAUUUCCCAUUCAGACCGUAGAUGAUCUGAUUGAGGUUAAUUCGAAUAUAAACAUUGCUAACCGAGAGCUCUAUAUCGAUGCAAUAAAAAAUUUAAUAUUAAAUGGCGGGAUACUAAAAAACUUAAAAAAUAUUUUAGCCAAUGAAGUGGUCUUGGCAUAUAAUGUGGAUGGCGUUCAGGGCAAAGCGGCGCUAAGAAAAGAAGACAAUUUCUUUGGCGUUAUGAUCGAUUCAAUAACUGCAGUCGGUAUUGGCCCAGCUGAGGAACAAUUGAGAAAGGCCCUGCAGGUCCAAAAAAAGAGAUAUUUUAAAAACUCGAGCUGCCUAAAAGUAAAGAAAGAACAAAACCCAAUAGAAUAAAGAAAAAUUUAUAUUAAAUAAAAACUGUAAUUGCAAUUGUACAUGUUUUUUAAUUUAUAAUGACAGGCCCCUCCAUGGGGUCCAAUGUGAGUACUUACUUCACCGACCCU